UUGUGGCACAUAGAGGAUCUUUGGAGGCUGCAGCCUCAGCUCCGAUGACACAGACCGAGUGUGAUGGAGAUUUUUAUUAAUAUUCAUCAUAUUUCACAGCGGAGGACACAGGACGAGCUACAACCACAGAAGGAUCCAGAAGUGCCAUCCAACGGGAUGAUAAUGAUGUUCCAUCCCAAAUGUUUCACGGCACCCAGGGAGGAGACAUGAGAUUCAACCCUUGCUGGACGCUGACAGAGCGACUGCAGGAAGACUGGAGUCCUGCAGGUGAACCCAUGGACCAGGAAGAGGUCAACGUGUCGUCUUCUAUGUCUUUCAGAAGAUGAUCUUCAACGUUUAACACUUUCAGUUUGUGGAGCUUUGCAUUUUGUUGAUAUCUUGAUGUUUGGUUCCAGACUGUUUUGAUGAUGGAGAGGAUCUGAACUGAACUGAGCUUAAUUUACUUAUUUCCCCUGCUCAGAAAACUCCCGACUGUUUGAUUUGAGAUUUUACUUCAGGAGUUUUGAUCCCAGGAUUUAAAAUAAUGUUCUGCAGGGAAGCAAGUGAUUAGUCAUCUAGUUUGGGAGUUUUCAUGUGGUGGAGCAGACUCUGGUUCUGCUGCAGUGAUAAGAAAAAACACUUGGAUUGGAUUGUGGAAGAGAAAUAUAUCACUUGUACUUCUCGUGUUGGACAAUCUACAGUUGCUCAGCAAUGAUAAUGUCCUACAUCGUUGAUCCAGAGGGACAAAUCAAAUCUCUAUCAGCUAUGGUCUCCACUCCUGCUCCUGGGAAACCGAUGCUCUGAUCUUCUGCAUGGAGCGCAGGGAGGGGAUACAACUGAGUUACUAACACACAAAGACAGACUUUCUGACUGUGGGAGGAGGAAAAACAAUCUCUAUGUCCUAGAAGUUUGUUCUGUUUUAUUACCGCCAUGGGUCGAAGCCCAGCAGGAACAUCUGACUGAACCAGGGAAUGGUUGACGACUCGAUAAAGCUCUCCGCCUGGAGCUCACCAGGACAAGGUCCAUCUUGAUAUUCAAAGCAGCAGUCGAAGAAGAAAAAGUCCUCUCCCCCCCACUUACCUCUGGUGGGGGGGAGGGUGAAGGGUAUUUUAGUUUUUAGGGUGUAGGCCUUAGGGCCAUAGGGUGUAGUUUAGUAGUUAUUUAGACUUUAGGUUUUAGUUUGUAGACUAGACUUUAGAGUAGUAAGUAUUUCUGCUCUGGGUCUAAAUAACAGUUUAGGUGGAGGUUCUCUGUUGUGUUGAGGCUUCCACUCAGUGUUUAGUCAGUUGAGCUUCUUUUCUUUUAUUCUCUACUAACCCCCGGGUAUCAAACUCUCAGCGAGUUAGCCUUUGGCUCUGCACCAGCUGUGGCUGUUACUCAGGCAGCAUUUCAUCGAGUGCAGCAGUUUAGCAUUUAGCCUCAGAGCUCGCUGUAUCUAACCAACUGUAACAUCCGACAGUCUUUAGCUAAUCAUGGAUGCUAACCAGGGCCCCGGCCAGGGCAGCCCAGAAAGCCCCAACCGGGCCGUGGAGUACCUCCUGGAACUCAACAACAUUAUCGAGAGCCAGCAGAAGCUUCUAGAAACCCAGCGGCGCCGAAUCGAGGAGCUGGAGGUCCAACUGGACCGGCUCAGCCAGGAGAACAAGGACCUGCGUCUGGACCGGCAACCUGUCGUUCCUCCUCCACCUGCUCCUCCUGAGCCUCCGCUCCCUCCUCCUCCACCGCCACCUCCGCCCACUCAGACCACAUCAGUGUCUCUUUCCAAGAACCACCACUACCACCACAACAGCCAACACCAAACUCCUCCCCAGCCCCCUACCUCCAUCUCCCUCCACCACAGCCACCACCACCACCAGCAUCAUCAUCAGCAGUACCACCACCACUCCUCCACCCACCAUUCCUACAACAGCACCAACAGCACCAGUGCGACUGCUAUCCCGGUUCCCGCUCCAGCUUCAGCCCCAGCCUCCAUAACGAUCCCAGCCCAAAUGCCAGCUCCGAUCUCUUCCCCAGCCCCGGCUCCACCUCCCCCUCCUCCAAUCCCACCUAGGGAUCAGCCGCGGGCCCACAGCCGGCUGUCCCGAGCGUCCUCCACCAGCACCGGCACCAACACCAACUUUGUAGAGAAAGAGAAAGAGAGGAUCGAGCACCUGCACAAAGUCAACGCCUCCAACAACCACCACGCCAACACUCUCCACCAUCACAAAACGUCUUAUUCCUCCUGUUCUACCACCACCACCUCUUGUCGUUCCUCCAACAACCCUACUAGCAUCACCACUCCUUCCUCCACCUCCUCCUCCUCCUCUCUCUACUCCUCCAGCCUACCUCCUAACAGCCACGCCACCUACCAUCAGUACUGCUGUCCCGCGCGCCUCCGCCUGCCCAAGCCUCCCUGCGCCCUGCCCCCCGCCAAGCACCACGAGCAGGCAAGAGAGGAGGAAGACGACGACAUCGCCCAUCAGUUCUGUUGCCCCGCCUCCGAGUGCAGUAGCCCCUCCUCUAGGUAACCAGGGGCGACCGCGAGACCCCGCCCUGCCUGACUGUCCCCGGUAAAUCGAGGGGUGAUACGAACCACCCUGCCCCCCCCUCCAUGGCCGCCUCUGUCUUUUCUAUUCUCUGAUCACGAAGCAGCAUCAACGACGCAUAAAUUAUAACAAAAGGAGGAAGUCCGGUAUUUCUUUAGGAACAAGGUUUUCAGAAUAAAAGCUUGUUUGUUGAGUCUUCAAAUAUUCAACCUUUAAAAGAAAAUUACAACGCUGGCUUUUACGUUCUUUUUUCUUUGGAAGCUUCGGUGUUCUUGUCAAAGCUGUGACACUCGGGGUGGGACAGUGAACACUGAGUGUGCUGCAGCUUGAAGGACUGGUCCUCAGUCUCACACCUGGAGACGUCUCACACCUGGAGACGUCCCCCCUGCUUCGGCUGCUUCACUCGGCAGGAUGCAGUGACUCGGCUGAACCUCGGCCAUGAGUCUGCACUUUGUGUGCAACAUGCAAACACAGCGGUUGGUCUUUGACCUCCGCCUGAGAACAAACUCACACCUCGUCUCUCCUCCCGACUUUGGGUCUGAUCAGACUUUAGCUGUUUAUCCUCCCUGUCCGAGCAUGAAGCCACGACCCCCGACGACGCUGUGGCCAGAGCCCGACGGUAGACACAGUUCAUUAAGUGUUGGACAUCACGCUCCAGGAUGAUCCGGUGGCAUCAGAAUGUCUGCAGGUGGCGCCGUGGAGCUGAUGAGGAUGCCCCAGCUCUGCAGGGCUCUGGUUUGUCCUCAGCUUGUCUUCACCACAUCAGACCAAACUCUCCGGGCGAAGGACCGAAGACUCGAGACAGAGUUUGCUGGCGCUUCAUGAACUGUCCGAGCGGCAGCGGCAGGUGAUCACGAGGAGGUCGUCCUCUUUAAACACAACCUGCUGCUGGAGAGAGACACACAUAACCCACCACUAGGGUCAUGAAUCUGGUCUUUUGUUGGGUCAUCAUCAUUCCUACAUCCGGCAACAGGGUUCUCCUCAGAGCUGCUUCUUAUCUUGGUUCAACAGUCGAUUUGCACCCGAACACGACAGUGGAGUGAGAAUCAGGCUCAGCCUUUUAAAUGUCACCGGACAGGGAACGCUCAUGUCUCUGUUCUGCAGUGGGAACCACGCGACGCUAAAUUACCAGAUAUGACAACGGUUUUCUGUAGAAGUACCAAAGGCACUGAGGCAGGUUAAAGAUUCUAAAUCAUGAUGAUGGAUCAGAUUCUGAUCUCAGAUCUGCUUCACCGGCCGAGUUAAGACGUUUUCAGCAAAGUGACGGAGAAAGAAAAACACUUGAAGUGCUUCUCCCCCCCCCCCGUUACAGUUUUAGGGAGAACCCUGGUGCCUAAUGUGUGAAGACACACACACACUCUCACACACACACACACACACACACACACACACACACACACACACACACACACACUCACACACACACACACACACACACAGCAGUUGUCCUCAGAGAUAAAUAUCUGGAUGAGUAUGUUUACAUGCACUCUGCACUCUGAUCCGUAGCAGUGAUCCACUUUAAUAUUUUAAAUUUUAAUUAUUCUUUAACUGCGUAAAUUCCAAAUAUAUUAUUAACAUUUGUUGACAUGAUCUCACACACAGACCAAGCUCUAUGAUCCAUAUCCACGUUACAAUAAGAACCACAGGCAGCAGGACACCGUGUCCACGUCCCGCCACCAGGGCGUCUCUGAAACAACCUUUUCAACACUGAAGUUUGAUGAACGUCGGGACAGGACGGAGCCCGGCUGGAGGUGGAAUGUGUCCCUGGCUACGUCUUGGUGUUAUUAUUUUAGAGUCAAGCUGCAGUUAAAAAUGAUUUUUCUGCUAAGAAAUGAAUAAAUGAGUCUCCAGGGACUUUGCCAUCGCCUCAAUUUGACCUGUGCAACAACCAGGAGGAGGUGAAAUGACACACAAAUAGAAACGCAGUGAAUUUGAGUGAGUUUGUCUUUGACUCUUUCAGGCAGAAGCUGAAUGUUGUUGCUCCUGCUGGUCGGUUACAGAAGUUUUUAAAUCCUCACAUCACAACUAACACAUUGUGGACAUUUGGUUCGAGGUGUGAUUUCCGCUCAGAUAGGAUGAUGCUGUUCGGCCUGGUCUGUGUGUUCGAUCCCUCAGACUGAGAUCAGGUCAGAUCAUUGGGUUUUAAAUGAUUCUGCACGACUCACUCCGAUGCAUGUAAACACACUCAGCGCUUCAGAGGAAGAGGAAGCUGGUGGAGGUGACGAUGAAGGUCAAACACUGGAGCCCUUUGUGUCUUCUUCUCUUGUGUCUUCCUGCAGAAGACACACUCUGACUCUGAAACUCUGACUCCCUCCUGCUCCUCCUCUCUUCCUCCCUUUCCAAAAAGAAAGAAACAGGAAGGAAAGAAAUGAAAGAGAGAAUGAUGUCCUUCUGAAUCAGUGCCAAGUAAAUAUAAAGAAGAUGAAAAGGAGGCGUCGUCCUCCUGUGCCAAGUUACAGAGCGUUUGUAUGUCUCUGACGCCCCGACCCUUGAGCCAGUGUCAUGUUUUGUGAGUGGAAACGCUGUAUGAGCAUCGGCCAAUCAUCUCUCAGCUGUACAGUCACAUGUAUCUACUGUAUAUUUUCCUCAUAGUGAGCCUGCACUUCUGUCUCCAGCUUCUCUUGGCAACGUGUACAUUUUAAAAAGCAAUACGCUCGUUUCAGAUCUGGUGUGAGAAUCUGUCCGUGUGCUCAUAUUGAGUGUGAGGAGUUUUAACGGUGAGCGAUGAAGAGUCUGAAAACCGACGGAGCUUCGAUCCAAAGUAACGUGAUCAACAAGGAGAGUGACGUUUCCUGUUUGAGGAGAAAAAUAAAACUUGAAAUAAUGAUAUUAUUUUUAGAUUUAUUUUUAAAACAGUGAUUCAGAAAAAAAUGUUUUAUCUUUAAAAUGAAUCAGAAAAACAAAGACUUCAGUCUUGAAAAGCUUUUUUUUUAUAUUCCCCAUCAAUUACAAGUUUAUGUUUAUAAAUGUGUAGUUUUCUCAAAUCGGACUCAUUUCCUGUCUGAGAUGUUGAUAGAGUCGUUCAAGUCAAUUCCUUGAUUGCACGGUUUUUUUUUGGUCUUUUAUUUUUUGCAAAUAUCCUUAUUGGUGAAUUUCUCAUUAAAACUCUGUUUAGGUUUUAGAAUUGAUGAAUAAUUUCCAACACAGUCUCUCUCUCUGUCUCUCUCUCUCUCUCUCUCUGUCUGUCUCUCUCUCUCUCCUCUCUCUCU